UCAAAAAAUAUUUGGGAAUAGAACACAACAAAAUUUGCUUCUGGAAAAAAUUUAUCUUUUCCAAAUUUUGACGUUCCACAUUCUUUUUAAAGAUGUUGAAAGCUGUAAAUGUAUGGAAUUCUAAUAACUCCAAAAACUACUCUAGGUUUGAGUUGGUUCGAUGGGUCAAUGAGACACUUAUAACACAUAUCUCCAAAGUCGAAGAGAUGUCAAAGGGAUAUUUGUAUUGCCAAAUGUUUGAUCAAAUUUUUCCUGGAGUUAUUAACAUGAAUAAAGUUAAAUUUUGCACCGAAAAUGAAAAAGAUCAUAUAAGCAAUUUGAAAUUAUUUCAAAAAGGACUCAAAACUGUUAACAUUUCAAAAGAUAUUCCAAUCAACGAUUUAUUACAACGAAAAUUUCAAAAAAAUUUUGAAAUACUUAUAUGGUUCAAGAAGUUUUAUGAAAUGAAUGAAGGCAGAAAUUCAAAUCAUAAUUCAGUGAAGAAGUGUAAUGCCUGUUUAGGACUUGGUGGUAAUCAGUGUGAAAAGGACAGUGAAAAAGAUUUAGCAUCAGACUCAAAGAAAUCAUGCAAGACAGUUGAUACUUUAACCGAUUCCCCAAAAGUUGAUGAGAUGCAGAAGAAAAUGCAGGUCAACAAAAAGUCAAAACCGAAAGAAACUUUUACAGGGCUCAUGGGUAAGAAAUCAAAUAAUGUUAACACUUUACCCCAUUCGUUAAUACUUGAUGAAGAGAUGCAGCAUAAAAUGCAAACCAACAAAAAUUCAGCAUUAAAGCCAAUAUCGAGGGAAAUUCUUCCAGGGCUCAUGGGUAAAAAAUCAAAGAAUGUUAACACUUUAUCCGAUUCCUUAAUACUUGAUGAAGAGAUGCAGAAUAAAAUGCAAACUAACAAAAAAUCAGCAUCAAAGCCAAUAUCGAAGGAAAUUCUUCCAGGACUCGCGGGUAAGAAAUCAAAUAAUAUUAACACUUUGUCCGAUUCCUUACUACUUGAUGAAGAGAUGCAGAAUAAAAUGCAAACUAACAAAAAAUCAGCAUCAAAGCCAAUAUCGAAGGAAAUUCUUCCAGGGUUCGUGGGUAAGAAAUCAAAUAAUAUUAACACUUUGUCCGAUUCCUUAAUACUUGAUGAAGAGAUGCAGCAUAAAAUGCAGUCCAACAAAAACUCAGCAUCAAAGCCAAUAUCGAAGGACACUCUUCCAGGGCUCGUUGGUAAGAAAUCAAAAAACAAUAUUAACGCUUUAUCCGAUUCGUUAACACUUGAUGAUGAGAUGCAGACUAAUAAAAAUUCGGCAUCAAAUUCAAUAUCGAAGGAAACACUUACAGACCUCGUUGGUAAGAAAUCAAAUAAGAAUGUUAACGCUUUACCCGAUUCGUUAAAAGUUGAUGUUAAUCAAAACAAAGUGGAGACCAUUACUAACCCGCCAUCAAAGUCAAUAUCAAGUCAAACUUUUACCGUGCUCGUAGCUAAAAAGUCUAGUAAGGAACUAUCCCACAACAUUGUCUCCCAAGCACGUAAUAUGGAAACAGUUCAGCACCCUAUCGAGUAACCUAAUGCGCCAUAACUUAUACCACAGAAGCAGUAAUUGAAGAAUAUGUCCCGAGCAUAUUUAUACUAAAAAUUUGCGAAUAAUGAAGUUCCCUAAAAAACGAAUACUUCCGAAAGCACUAACAAAUAUCUAGUACUCAGACUUACAUAAUUUUAGAGUUAACCAACAAAAUUGACUUUGGAUCCUCAUUCAACAACAAUGAAUUUGUCAUGCUUCAACCAGGAACUAGCAAAAAUAGGUUAUAUAAAUGAGGCAGCACAUAACGAAAUAAGUGCAUGUGCUAAAGCCAAACUCACUCAAACAUAAAUGUGACCUGCUACUGGGAUUAACAUUACUUUCAAGUUAAUUAACAUGAGGCUUUAGAAUCGAGUAUGAUGUAAGUGUUGUGCUCUAAUCAGGGACCAUUAAAACUGUGAGCUAAAAAAUAAUCCUAUCUGGUAUAAGCGAGUUGGCGUUUAAAAAGAGACUAUAUGGAAAGGCCAUGGCUUGAACCAAAACACCUAACUGGUUCAUCAGAAAUAAAAAAAAAAAAAACAAAUUCACAAACUAUACUUAUACGUAUAUAAGUGUAACCUGCUGCUAAGAUCCUUUACGUUAUCUUGAAUUUAAUUACUUGAGUUCGUGAAACCCCGUGCUUGUUAUACUUGAAGCAGGGACUAUUAAAGCCGUGAGCUACAACAUAACAGCGACUAAUAUCCCAUGUAGUACAAGUGCAGUUGUACAUGAAAUAAGAUUUUAUGGAGUAUUCAUGAUUUCAA